AUGCCUGCCUACGAGCUCCGAUCGGGGAGUGUGGCCGAUCUCAAGUACCGCCGUCUGACCGAGCUUAACGCCCGUUUGAAGGAGGACCUCGACCGGCCUCGUGUCAAGGUGUCCGAGGCCGCCCUGUCAUUGAUCAACUACUGCAACAACACACGCGAUUUCAUGGUACCAUCCGUAUGGGGCCAGGUCGACAAGCGUGAGGACCCAUACGCCCCCCAGCAGCAGGGAGGGUGCUGCACGGUCAUGUAA